AUGAACUCAUGGGUUCCUAAGUAUUCUCAACAGACUCUUGAGAAGAAUUUAUCAAAAGCUAAAUGUGAUGUGCAUCGCGCAACUUUCAUGUAUCUCUUUUCCGAGAUAGUUAAGUACGCUAUGCAAACAUCCAAAAAUCUAGAUGACGCGCAGUCAAAGCUUGCUUCCUUCGGGGCGCCAAUUGGAAGGCAGAUGCUAGAUCUCGUUUUUUUACGUGAACGACUGCAAAAGCGAGAAAUUCGUCUUUUGAACUUUCUUGUCUUUCUCAAAAGUACAUUCUGGCGCUGCAUUUUCGGCAAAGAGGCUGAUGACUUGGAACGUGAUGGUUUGGACGAGCACACAUAUUACAUGAUUGAACGUGAGCCUGUGGUUAACAAAUUCACGCGUUUCACUUAUGACCACUCGGAGUCUGAACGGAAAAUUGUCCCAUUAAACCUUGCUGCAUUUAACUGUGGAAUCAUCGAAUCGGCGCUGAUUUGUGCUGGAUUUCCCUGCGAAGUCGCGAUAACUUGGCACAAGGGCACAACCUACGUAAUCAAAUUCCACGACAGUGUCAUCGCGCGUGAACAGGGUUUGGACUCGCGAUGA